GCCCGCUGUAUGGAGGAGCAAUAAACGAGAGAAUUUUGCCUAUUCAGAUUUGGAAAAAAAGCAGCAAUGAUGUGUAUAAGGCAGAUAAGAGUAGCCUUUUUAGUAAUGAACAUCGGAACGAGAGUUAUUCGUAUAUUGUAUGUGUUGUUCCUUUGCCAAACUUCACCCGGUAUCCAGAACCACCAGAAUCCCGUCUCGGAUUUCUUAAUGUGUUUGGAUGGCACAAUUAUCUCUCUCCAUUUGCUAGUGCAGUUCUUCAAGGUCGAUAUGACCUAUUUGGCGAACCAGCCAUGGAGGCGGUUAUUAAUUUCAAGUGGAGGAAAUUUGCUAGGACACGAUAUAUCUUUCUUACCGGUAUAUAUUUCUUGUAUCUUACUUCAUUCAUGGCAACUGUUACUCUCGAUUCUGAAAGAGUGCAACCGAGCAGCAGGACCGAGAAUCUAAUCAAAUUAUCCUCGUUUGUGGUGUUAUUAUUGGGAAUUAUGUUUACUGGACUUGAGAUGAUGCAAAUUAUUGCAUAUCGCUCUUAUUAUUUAACUAUAUAUAAUGUUAUUGGUCUAGCAAGUACUGUCUUGCCAAUAAUUUACACUGUGGAAGUACUUUUGGGAAGCAACAGUAGACGUCAAUACGUUGGCAGCGCCAUGUUUUUUGUCUAUAUUAAUUUGAUUCUACAACUCCGUGUAUUCAAACUUUUCGGAAUACCAAUAUUUAUAAUCACAACAAUAAUUGCCAGAGUACAAGGGCUUAUGUACAUACUUGCAAUAAUGAUGUUGGCAUCCGCACAUAUAUACUGGCUGUUAUUCUCCUUCACGGAAGUUACAGAUUUGGUAGGCGAUAGCACAGUAAUAAACGGCUUUUCAACUCCUCUAAGAUCACUGACUUCGGUCUACUUUUUCAUGACGGGAGGCGACUUUGGCUCUAUUACUGAUGCGUUCGGCAAUGCGACAAUUGUAAUUUUGACAAUCACAGUUUCGUUCAUAGGCACAGUUGUAUCGUUUAACAUCUGGAUUGCGUUAAUGGGUGACAUCAUCGCUGAUUCCAAACUUGAUAGUAAAUGCUUUUGGCUUAAACUGAAAGCAGAGCUCAUAUGUGAAUUAGAGAUGUGUACGCUUACGCGGAAGCAAAGACAACGGGCCGAUUUCUUUCCAUACUUGAUAUAUUACUACGCAAACGACGAUUCCAUAAUAGAAUACAAGAAAAGACUUGAAAAAC